AUUUACUAACUAAAUAUUAUUCCGCGGCACAUAGUUAUAAAUACAGGCAAACAGCUACUUAUCUGGAGUUUAUCCAUUGCGUACGCUGAAAGUAUCUGUUUAUCUGGUGUGUUCUUGGUAUAAAAAUGCAGAUCUUUGUGAAAACUCUGACUGGUAAAACAAUCACUCUGGAAGUUGAGCCCAGUGACACCAUUGAAAAUGUAAAAGCCAAAAUCCAGGACAAGGAAGGCAUUCCGCCUGAUCAGCAGAGGUUGAUCUUUGCUGGCAAGCAGUUGGAAGAUGGGCGCACCCUGUCAGACUACAAUAUCCAGAAAGAAUCCACACUCCACCUUGUGCUACGUCUGAGAGGUGGUAUGCAGAUCUUUGUGAAAACCCUCACUGGCAAAACCAUCACUCUGGAAGUUGAGCCCAGUGACACCAUUGAAAAUGUAAAGGCCAAAAUCCAGGACAAGGAAGGCAUUCCGCCUGAUCAGCAGAGGUUGAUCUUUGCCGGCAAGCAGUUGGAAGAUGGGCGCACCCUGUCAGACUACAAUAUCCAGAAAGAAUCCACACUCCACCUUGUGCUACGUCUGAGAGGUGGUAUGCAGAUCUUUGUGAAAACCCUCACUGGCAAAACCAUCACUCUGGAAGUUGAGCCCAGUGACACCAUUGAAAAUGUAAAGGCCAAAAUCCAGGACAAGGAAGGCAUUCCGCCUGAUCAGCAGAGGUUGAUCUUUGCCGGCAAGCAGUUGGAAGAUGGCACCCUGUCAGACUACAAUAUCCAGAAAGAAUCCACACUCCACCUUGUGCUACGUCUGAGAGGUGGUAUGCAGAUCUUUGUGAAAACCCUCACUGGCAAAACCAUCACUCUGGAAGUUGAGCCCAGUGACACCAUUGAAAAUGUAAAGGCCAAAAUCCAGGACAAGGAAGGCAUUCCGCCUGAUCAGCAGAGGUUGAUCUUUGCCGGCAAGCAGUUGGAAGAUGGCACCCUGUCAGACUACAAUAUCCAGAAAGAAUCCACACUCCACCUUGUGCUACGUCUGAGAGGUGGUAUGCAGAUCUUUGUGAAAACCCUCACUGGCAAAACCAUCACUCUGGAAGUUGAGCCCAGUGACACCAUUGAAAAUGUAAAGGCCAAAAUCCAGGACAAGGAAGGCAUUCCGCCUGAUCAGCAGAGGUUGAUCUUUGCCGCAAGCAGUUGGAAGAUGGGCACCCUGUCAGACUACAAUAUCCAGAAAGAAUCCACACUCCACCUUGUGCUACGCCUGAGAGGUGGUAUGCAGAUCUUUGUGAAAACCCUCACUGGCAAAACCAUCACUCUGGAAGUUGAGCCCAGUGACACCAUUGAAAAUGUAAAGGCCAAAAUCCAGGACAAGGAAGGCAUUCCGCCUGAUCAGCAGAGGUUGAUCUUUGCCGGCAAGCAGUUGGAAGAUGGCACCCUGUCAGACUACAAUAUCCAGAAAGAAUCCACACUCCACCUUGUGCUACGUCUGAGAGGUGGUAUGCAGAUCUUUGUGAAAACCCUCACUGGCAAAACCAUCACUCUGGAAGUUGAGCCCAGUGACACCAUUGAAAAUGUAAAGGCCAAAAUCCAGGACAAGGAAGGCAUUCCGCCUGAUCAGCAGAGGUUGAUCUUUGCCGGCAAGCAGUUGGAAGAUGGGCGCACCCUGUCAGACUACAAUAUCCAGAAAGAAUCCACACUCCACCUUGUGCUACGUCUGAGAGGUGGUAUGCAGAUCUUUGUGAAAACCCUCACUGGCAAAACCAUCACUCUGGAAGUUGAGCCCAGUGACACCAUUGAAAAUGUAAAGGCCAAAAUCCAGGACAAGGAAGGCAUUCCGCCUGAUCAGCAGAGGUUGAUCUUUGCCGGCAAGCAGUUGGAAGAUGGGCGCACCCUGUCAGACUACAAUAUCCAGAAAGAAUCUACUCUGCAUUUGGUUCUGCGUUUGAGAGGUGGAUGCUGAAGUUAUGCACUCUGUUUUUCUUUGCUGUUUGCACUAUUUCCUUUAUUUUUGCUUUUGGAGAAGACAUUUUUGUUUUAAUAAUAAAGUUCUUUGGAAUAAAUAGUGUAUUCAGAAUA